GAAUGGAAACUUACUGAAACGCCAAAGGGGGAAGCGGAGUUUUCGGCUGCAGCUUGUGAUGUAGGAGCUGCAAUAGGACAUCAGCAGAGACAGCUCAAUGGCUUUGGACAAGAUGCUGCAAGCCAUGUCCCAAGCCGGCAACUCAUCGUAACACUUGCCCCCUGCGUCUGCCUGCCUGUCUUUAAACCAAGCCUGCACGUCCUAAGAGGGGAAGCUAAGGAAACUUUCCCCCCCACCUCUCCACACCGCUAACUGGCGACAUGCAACAGGACAGAAAGAGGCCCGCUUGCUCCCUCCCAUACAGCCCGGCUUCGAAUGGAGGGCACUGCCAAUCAUCAGGCUAUGUGCCCGGCAGAGUGAUGCCAGUCCGGCCUCCUCCUGUUCCUGGGGUGUCCGAUCCCUCUGUGCAGUGGAGCUCCUCCAAAACUGACAAUCAAGCCACCUUUAUGCAGCGAGGAGUCAAUCAACGGCAUAUGUCUGAGGACUUGGGCAGAAAGAAAGUGAAGAGUAGCUACAUAUGUGUUGCAGUCUGUGUGGGUAUAUUGCUUAUUGUGCUUGCAGUUGCCUUGGGAACCAAAUCGAAGGUCGUGCGAGAUGAGAACUGUCCCGAUCAGAAAUUUGGACUUAAGGACUGGAAUCCGGGUCAUGACAAACAGAAAAGAAUCAUCAUCAAAAGAGGAGAUAAUCUUCGACUAGUUUCAUCAGCAACUGUCCAUUCCAUUAUCAUUCAGCAUGGAGGGGUGUUGGUCUUCGCCGAUAGCGUGGAUGGUUCCAGAAAUAUUUCCCUAAAAUGUGGUUACAUCCUGGUAAAGGAUGGAGGGGCGCUUCACAUUGGAGCAGAGAAAUGUCUCUAUAAAUCCCGAGCCAAGAUCACGCUGUGCGGCCGAUCCAAUGAGGGUGAGGAUGUGCCGGGCUUCGGCAAGAAGUUCAUUGGGGUGCAGGCUGGGGGCACGCUGGAGCUGCACGGUGCCCCGAAAAUGUCCUGGACUCUGCUGUCCAGGAGUGUGCCCCCCUCCGGGCUGGAGGCAGGCUCCUACUUUGAGAAGCCGGCCACCCGCGGACUGAAUGUCCGUGUGAUCGAUCAGGACACGGGACAGGUGCUGCUGGCUGACAGGUUUGACACCCACGACUUUGCCGACGAAAGCAGGAGGCUGCAGACGUUCCUAAGGUCUCAAGACUCUGGUCGAAUAAUCUCUGUCGCUGUGAGAGACUCAGCUGCUAAAAAUCUUCUUCCAGAAACAAAGAGGACCAUUCAGGAACUGCUUGGAAGUAGACACGUUCAAGACUUAAGUUACAGACAAGCAUGGGCUCUUGUAAGUGUGGUUGGUGCUGGUAACUCAUCCUGCAGUGAAUCCAUUCGAGAUUAUGAGAACCAUGAUACAGGAGGAAAAGCAAUAGCCCGCAGAGAGUUUGUCACCGUGGAUGGAGUGAAGUUUGCUGUAUCUGCCGCAAGUCAAUGGAAAAAAGGGAUUCCACUGUCAGAAUUCCAUGUAGAGGUGGCCGAUGGCUUAAUCCUUGACCUGCUGGACGAGGUGGAAGGCUGGGAGAAGGAUGACCAGAUUGUCAUUGCUAGUACCGAUUACUCCAUGUAUCAGGCUGAGGAAUUCACCCUGCUUCCUUGUCCUGAAUGCAAAGGGCGUCAAGUCAAAGUGAAAGGGAAGGCCCAGUUUCUUCACGUUGGAGAAAUUGUGGAUGGAAUUGACAUGAGAGCAGAGGUGGGGGUUUUGACGAGGAACAUUGUCCUUGAGGGGGAGAUGGAAGAUUCCUGCUACGGUGACAACUGGUGUCAGUUCUUUAAGCAUGAUACAUUUGGAGGGCAUCUAAAGAUUGUGAAGAAUUUUACAUCAGUUCAUCUCUCUAAUGUGGAGCUGGUACACAUGGGUCAGCAGGUUAUGGGCAGUUACCCUGUUCACUUCCACCUCUGUGGGGAUGUGGAUGAACGUGGGGGCUACAGAUCGCCAACAUAUCUAAGAAAUCUUGCAAUUCACCAUUGUUUCUCCAGAUGCGUCACAGUCCACGCAACCAAUGGCUUGUUGAUAAGGGACACCAUUGGCUAUGACACACUGGGUCACUGUUUUUUCCUUGAAGAUGGCAUUGAGCAGAGGAACGUUCUUUACCAUAACCUAGGCCUUGUCACCAAACCGGGGACUCUUCUGCCCACGGACAGGAACGAUGUUAUGUGCCCUUUGAUUCUUAACAAAGUUUAUGGCGAUUACAUCCCUGUGCCAGCGACUGACUGCAAGGCAGUUUCCACUUUCUGGGUAGCCAACCCCAACAACCACCUCAUUAACAAUGCGGCUGCAGGCUCACAGGAUACUGGGAUAUGGUACUUGUUCCAUAAAGCUCCCACAGGAGACUCCCAAGGGCUGUUCCCUGAAACUAAAGCUGAACUCACUCCACUGGGCACUUUCUACAACAACAGGGUUCAUUCAAAUUUCAAGGCUGGAUUAUUCAUUGACAAGGGAGUGAAAAUCACCAAUGCCAGUGCUGAUGACCCAAGGGAGUACCUCUGUUUAGACAACAGUGCGAGGUUCCGUCCUCACCAAGAUGCUGAUCCACAGAAGCCGCGUGUGGCAGCCCUCAUCGACAGGCUGAUAGCGUUCAAAAAUAAUGACCAUGGAGCUUGGGUCCGAGGAGGAGACGUCAUAUUUCGGAAUUCAGGGUUUUCUGACAAUGGAAUUGGACUGUCGUUUGCUAGUGACGGGAGCUUCCCAAAGGACGAAGGUUCAAGUCAAGAGAUCUCAGAAUCUCUGUUUGUUGGAGAAAGUGGGAACUAUGGAUCCCAAGGAGGCCAGAACAAAUAUUGGGGUGUCGGUGGGGUUGAUGGGAAAAAUCGCACACUGCCAAAAGACAAGACUUUCCCCAUCCGAGGAUUUCAGAUUUACGAUGGUCCCAUUCACGUUACUAAGACAACCUUCCAGAAUUACAUGGCAACACCUGUCCGAUUCACCAGCGCUGUAGGAUUCUUCCUAAAGAACCCCUGGCAACUGACUCCCAAGAACAGUUUGUCUCUGGUGAAGUUUGGCAUGAGUGUGUCCUUGAGAGUUUUCUUUGGCAAGCCGGGCCCGUGGUUUGAAGACUACAAUCUCGACGGCGACAAGAAUGCCGUGUUCCAUGACAUUGAUGGCUCCGUGACAGGAUACAGAGACACGUAUGUAGGCCGCAUGGAUAACUUCUUGAUCCAGCAUCCCAACUGCGAGAAUGUCACGUCCUGGUUUGGCUCAGUUUGCAGUGGAAAAUACGCUCAGGUUUACAUACAAACUCGUCGACCUCAAAAUCUAACCAUGACCAUUGUCAGGGACGAAUAUUCCCAACAUUCCAUGACCCUACGCGGCAUCAAUCAGCGAGCAGACUUCCAGCAAUACCAGCCUGUCGUAAUGCUCCAGAAGGGGUACACGAUUCAUUGGAAUGGCCGGGCACCAGAGGAAACCUUUCUGUAUCUUAUAAACUUCAAUAAAGAUGAUUGGAUCCAGAUUGGUCUCUGUUACCCGCAAGCCACAACUUUCCAAGUCAUAGCUGAUAUCUACCAAAGACAAAACUCAACCGCCCACAGUGUGGAGGAUUACGUAGCAGUGCCUUCUCUUAAAAAUAUUCAGAGUAAACCAAAGGAGAGACAAUAUUAUUUUGACAACAGUACUGGGCUGCUAUUUCUUAUGCUCCAGGCACGGCACCGUCGGGAGGGACACAGUUACUGCUCCAAAGAGGGCUGCGAGCGAGUAAAGAUCACGGCCACUAUGUGGUCGCAGGGCGUGAGUAACUGCAUGUCCUCUGGCUACCCGAAAUAUUCCACAGCGCCGAAAGCCACGGUAGCAAUGCCACCAAAGAGUUCCAAUAAAUGUGAGAACUGUGGGGCUUCUCGGCUAGUGUUUACGAGUGAUCCACACAAAACCUACCUCUUCGUGCAAAUCCAAUCACUCAGCAAAGCUGCGAUUCAGCAGGAACACAGAGAGUCCUUUAUUUCUGUGAAUGGCACCAGGUUUCCAUUUCAAAGGGGAUUCUUCAUGGUGUUAGUUGAUGCCUGCAGUGGAACGGUUACCAAAAAUAUAUCGUUUGCCAAAGCUGAUGUGGCCAUGGCCAAAUACCUGAGCACUGGCAUCUCUCAAAGAUCAAUUAUUUUAUUAGGUUCAAAAGACACAAUUAGUGGGGAUGUUGAAGCCAUUUCUGAAAAGAUGGUCCCACUGGGCACAGCAAAACCUGCACAACUUCGCAAAAAAGAGAGCAUUGCUUUCUUUGGAUAUAAAGGGGAAUUUAACCCAUCGUGGACCAGGCUGUAUAGCAGCCCUGCUGGGCAGAGCCUACGCCUCUUGGAAAAGUACAUUCCACUUCAACUGCAAGAUUAUGGCUGCACUAAUGUUACCAAACCUCAAAGAAAGGAACUGGAACUUUUACAGAAAGCUUUACAAUGAAUAUCAAUUUGAAUAAAUGUGACCUAACUUA